AUGGUCAACACAAGAGCGUGUACAAUGAACUCUGAAAAGGGGAAGAGAAAUCAGAAUAAAAAUUCAAAUAGAAGUAGAGCCAACAACUUAGACUCUGGAAACGAAAAAUCAAAAAUGAAAUCCCACAGUAAAUCGCCGCCCUCUAUUUGUUCAAAUCCGGAGAGUGAAGAAGAUGAUCAAAAUGUACCUACAACAGUAACAAAUCCACCAGUCAAAGUGACCUUAAAAAAGACAAGGUCAAGUAGCAGUAGUUCUUCUAGGGAAUCUACCCAAUCAUUUGAAGUUGUGAGAAGUCUUACAAAUACAGCUGAAAGUGUUUCUGGCGAAGAAGAUUGUGAAAAUCCAAAGGACUCUAAACAGGAAAAACCUUCCGAUAAAUCCCCCUCAGUUGAUGCUGGUGAAAAUGAAAAGGAAUCUGAUGGAGAGUCUCAAAAUGCUAAUAGUUCUGAUGAAGAGGAAAUAGAAAUAUUGUCAGAUGAUACCGAUGAUACCGAGUCAUAUACUGAAAGACCUAGUCCAGCUGUAUCAGUUAAAGCUGAGGAGAAGAAUGUGUCUAUUAAUACAGUAGUAGAUUUAAAAACUGAAGAACUUCCUCAAAAUUCUACAGCGGUUAAGAAAGAAGAAUCUAAAAUACGAGUUAAAACAUUGAAAGAAGAACUGUUAAAAGAACCAGCCUUUGAAGGUGAUGUAAGUGUCUUAAAAAAUGAUAAUGAAAUUAAAAAUAUUCAAGUACCUCAACCACAAAACGGCAUUCAAAAAAAUGAAAUAAAAGGGCAAGUUAAAGAACAAAAGUUUAAACUUAAUGUCCGUUCUUUUGAUGAUUUAGUAGAUCCUCGUACUGCGAUUCUAAUUAAUAUGCCACCACCUGCACCAAUAGACAGGGCACCUAAUUUUUUAACUCCAAAUGGUGGUGGUCCUUUUCCGCCACCGUAUUUGUCAUGUGAUGUCUGUGGAAUACAGUAUGAUUCUCCAGAAUUAUUAAAUGACCAUAAAAUAACCAUGAAACAUUUCAAAUGUUCAUUCAAGGAAUGUGAACAUUUAGUAGCAGCAGGUCAGCAAGAAUUUCUAGAACACCAACGUAUGGUUCACAAUAGUAUGCCAUCACCAGUUCAACAAUUAGCACACCAAGUACAACGUUUACCAGCAAUGGGUUUUGAUCAAUUACAGUCCGGUGUUCCACCAUUACCUGGGAACCUAUCUCCUAAUAUGUAUACACAAUCAUUACGGAUGCCAAAUCAACCAGUUCCUAUGCAACGUCCCAUGCGUCCAAUGAUGAGGCCUAUAUCACAUAAUAUGGUUUCUCCAAGAGGGCGUAAUGUACAAAGAGGAUCAACUAUGAGAGGAAGAACAGCUUCUUUAAAUUCAUCUCCAAGAGGCAGUUCUUUAAAAAGACCAUUAAAUGCUACCAGGAGGGGAACUCCGCCUAUGAAACGUACAAAUCUAGAUAGAAAUUCCUAUACAAGUCCCUUGAACAAGACUCCUCAAAUUGCUAAAUCCAUAGCAGAAUCUUUAACAAAAUCUGCAAACAAAAAUUCAGCUUCACCGGCUUCACAGCAAGAUGUUGUUAAUUUAUUUUCCAAACGAGGGCUCACUAUUAGCACGGUGGAUAAUGGAAACAACUCAAUUCUUCCCCCUGGACUUAGCUUGAACUCAGCUGUUUCUAUUAUACCUACAUCACCUCAUAAGAGUAUGGACUGUGUUGAUUUAACUGGUCCUGAUAAGCCAAAGAAGUAUUACCCUUGUGAAAUAUGUUGCAAAACAUAUACGAGUGCUGAAAAACUGUAUGAACAUGCAUCUAUUGCACAUAAAUCAAAUUCAAUUCCGUAUAGGUGUAACUUAUGUACAUUUGUUGGUCAAAAUCCUGAGGUGUUGAAUCGCCAUAAAACAUCAGUUCACAAAUCAGAAAUGAAUAACACAUCGUUAGUGGUCCCUGUUGUAGACUUGAGUAAAACCUCUUCUGUGAACAAGUUGAGAAGUUUAGGUGUCACCAGUUACCUACCAGUUUCCCAACUGGAUAAUCAAAGUGGCCAGUUUGGUGUGCCAAUCAUGAGUUUUGGAAAGAGGGGCAACUUGAUAGAUGGGAUGAAUGCUACCAACUUUUUCAAUUUGGGGACAAUACGGCACAUGCAAUGA